AUGUUUAAGGCAAAUGGGGGUAAACCAUUGUAUACAGUGGUGGCCCCGAAGGUGUUGCGGCCAAACACUGAUUACCACAUCAGUGUCUCACUGUAUGACAUCCCGGCGCCCAUCGAAGUGAUCGCCAGUGUUAUCGGUCCGGCACACAGUGUCAGCACCGGUGCCGUCGCUGUCGGUACGGCUGAGUCCAAAGUACUAACCCUAGCGAUCGGCGAUUGGCCAGAAGGCGACUAUAAGGUGCAAGUGAUGGGACAGGGCGCCAAUUUCACCAAGUACGAUAUAAACGGUGAUAAAAAGCCACGUCGCAGGGGACGGGAUGAAGACUCACAAACUGUUGCCAUAGAUAGAUUUCAAAAUGAAUUGCCGCUUAAAUAUAAGACGAAAUGUGUGUCGAUAUUCAUACAGACAGACAAAGCUGUGUAUAAACCCGGACAGAAAGUACAGUUCCGGGCAGUUGUGGUCAACCCAUCGCUGAUUCCCAAAGACAACAUUCCUAUUGAUAUAUAUAUUGAGGACGGUAACGGAAAUCGUGUCAAUGAAUGGAAACAAUUGAAUGCGAAAAACGGUGUCAUCUCUGAAGAGCUGCAACUGUCGGCACAGCCAGUGUUGGGCCACUGGACUAUAGGUGUGACGGCUUUGAGACACAACACCACAAAGACAUUUAUUGUAACCGACGAUGUGUUGCCAGUGUUUGACGUGGAGAUAGUGUUGCCAACAUAUGUGACAAGAAAUCGGUCUGAAGUGGUGGCACUCGUUAAGGCAUUUGAUACCAAUGGGAAGGCUGUUAAGGGAGAGCUCAUACUUUCCAUGAAGACCAAAAAUAAUAGAAACUAUAGUAAAUAUCGGACAAAGGCUACGAUCGACGGAAGCGCUUCAGUGAUGGUGAAUGUAAGAGACGAGUUGCAACUCAGCCCUUGGAUUACUCUCGACUCUGGCCUCGACGUUGUAUUCACGGCACAAGUGAGAGACGCGUUGACCGGAAAGCAGUUCAACCGAUCAAAGACUGUGAGGGUAUACGAAAGGGAUUUGAAGUUUGAAGUGUUGAAGCCGUUCAACACAUUGAAACCGGGGCUCAAAAACAUGUUUGUCGUCAAAGUUGUGCCACAAGACGGCAAACAAGUGGCCGAUAACGGACCCCAACUGACACUUAAAUACGGCUAUUCAUGGGAAGAGAGUGAAUGGAGAGACAGUCCAUUACUGUUGUCGCCAAUCAAUGGAUUUAUUAAGUUUGAUGUUUUUCCGCCCAAAGAUAUUAUCCACAUGAAAGCUAAAGCCGAAUAUAUGGGACAAACGUAUGAUAUAGCCAUUACAAAAGCUAAUACCCGGUGCGGACAAUACUUGCAAGUGGUCCGCGCGGACACAACCGACAUCACUGUCGGACAGGACGUAAAAUUUAUGGUGAAUGCGACCGAACCUAUCGUACGACUCGUAUGCGAAGUGAUGGGAAGGGGAGACAUAGCGUGGGCUAAGAGUUUUGACAUUCACACUAAUAUUAACGCCGGCUAUGAGUUCACUGUCCCGACUGUGCCUCAAAUGGCUCCGUCGGCGCGGGUUGUGUGCCAUUACGUGCGGCCCGACGACCAGGAAGUGGUGGCCGACGCUCUCGACUUCGAUGUGGUGCCAGUGUUUCGGACGCCCGUCACAGUCGACACCAAACCGGGAGAGUUGGCCGGCGUUGGGCUCAACACUCGGCACAACCCGUUUGUGGACAUCAGUCGCGAGGAUGUGGUGAACGAACUGAAGACCUACGACACGGACCGCACGUCUUCCUAUUCUCAUGGUUCCCGGCAUUGGUCCGCAACGGACGCCUUAUUUGACGAUUCGGGUGUUGAAGUGAUGCACAACGGGUUCAUACUAUCUCAAGAACCUAUAAGGUGGGGUGUAACUGGAAAUAUAACGGCGCCCUUUCCCAUCACCUGCACGUGUAAAGGAAACGGCGAUCGGAAAGCAGUGCAACAAAUCCAAUACAAUAAAUAUAUACGAAAGGGAUGUGAGGAACUGGUGAAGCCAUCCGCAGACACAUACAAACCGGGGCUAAUAAACAAACUUCUCAUUAAAGUGGUCACACAAGACGGCAAACCAGUAGCCGAUUACCGACCGAAAAUUGAACUCACGUACGGCUACUCAUGGAAUGAGAGUGAAUGGAAAGAAUGCAAUGGCUGUCCAUUACUUUUAUGGCCAUUCAAUGGACUCAUUAUGUUUUAUGUCAUUCCCCCUAAAGAUAUAAGCUAUAUGGUUGUUAAAGCCGAAUAUAUGGGAUACACCUAA